AUGAGGGUUUUUGCUGGGGUUUGAAGAUUUUGCGAAGAGGAAAAUUCGUCGGAGAAAAAAAAAAAUCAGGAUGAAGCCGGUGGUGGGGAUGGUGGUGUCGAACAAAAUGCAGAAAUCGGUGGUGGUGGCGGUGGACCGCCUCUUCCACCACAAGCUCUACAACCGCUACGUCAAGCGAACCUCCAAAUUCAUGGCCCACGACGAGGAUAAUCAGUGUAACAUCGGCGAUCGCGUGAGAUUGGACCCUUCGCGGCCGCUGAGCAAGCGGAAGAAUUGGAUUGUGGCGGAGAUCCUUAAGAAAGCCAGGAUUUACGUGCCGCCGUCGCUAAGUAAGGAUGCUUCUACUCCUGGUGAUUCAAUCAGCCAGGCCUCUUGAGAUGGUGUAAUAUUCCAAGGUAUUCACUAUUCAGUUCCUUGAGCAAUUCAAGCUUUAUAGAAUAUUACCAUGGCAUGAAGAAGACGGGUAUUUGUUUUCGUAUUUAUUGAGCUAAAUUCUAGGGAUACCUUUUCCAUGUUAGCAGGACCUUUACGGGGUUGUAUGUCUAUUAGCAGUUUCGUAUGUAAGGCUUUAAACCUGCGAGGAAUCUUUUUUUUUUUCUGCCAAGGUGGGAGUGAAAUUAACUUGGAAUAUACUGCUGUGUUUUUUCCUCUAUUGAUUUAUCCGCGUUCAAGAAAUGGUUGAUUUGAUAGUUUUCGACUUCAUGA